UACUAAAUUACCUUUAAAUCGAAGGAAAACUUGAAAAUAGUAGUUUACUAAGAUAGAAAAACACCAAGGGGAUGAUAACAUAACAUGAAAGAACAAGAAUGGUUAUGGAUGGAGAAAAUUAACACGGAUUAUACGAACGACGAACUUUAAAAGUUUAGGCUAUGCCCGAACUGUUGUGGAGCUUCUUUGAAAGAGGGUCAUCUGGAUCUUCUCUUGGUACAAUAAAUUAAGCCACCGCGCUUAUAGCAAUUAUCUUUUUUUUCCUCACUGAAACCUGUUCAUUUGAAAUUCUUUUUUCAGGUUGGUUUAGCUGUGGGUGACAUUGAUGCUAUUCGCCAGAAUGCUACGCUUAAGAGGUUGGCUAUGCAAGUCGAGUUUGUAGCUGAGGUAGAAGAUAGAUACCCAAGAGUCGUCACGCGGCGAGUUUACCAGCCAACACUGAUUUUCAGGCCUAACUGUCCAACUCGAUGGUGGAGGUUGAUAGGUCUCCUUGGAAUGAAGAACCUCUUCGCCCUUAACUCUGGACUUCCCACUGAAGAAGAACAGUCCAAUUUAUCAGAGUACGCCGAGAUUAGAAAACAACUCGUCAAAACUAAGAAGCGCUUCAAAAGGCUGGUGAAUGUGCUUGAGGCUCAGAAUACAGUGUUACGAAGAUUAGCCAGAAAAAUUGAUCCCGAGGCCGAAAUAGACGACGGAAACCUGGGCACGACUAUGAUGGAGGAACAGAAAGCUUUGGCUCAAGACUUCCUUUAUGACCCGCGAGAUGAGCAGUCGCCAGUGGAGGCCUCUAUGGACAGGCCAUAUAAAACUUACGUUUAAUCCUAUUUAACGAAGUAUUGGAGUGCUUCUAAAUGUUUUUAGUAUAAAGCUACAAGCGUUCUAUCGCGAAUGCCGUCUAUUGAUUGGCUACGCUACUCACUACCUAUAUUCU